AUGAUACGCCACUGCAGAAGAUUCAGCCUUUCUAGCCCGUUUGUUGCGCCUUUUAAAUCGAUCAUCUUGUACAUCAUCAACUUCAAGACCCCUUUGGUCUCCCCAGAAGUUCGACCCUAUCUUUUUUGCGCGGCUGAACUCCACAAUGGCCAGGGACCAUUCGGGGGCUAUUCGACCGUCUGGCUUGCUCACGAUACUGUCAUCAAGCGGUACGUCGCGCUCAAAGUCAACACAGCAGACGCGCUCCCGCGUGAAGCAACAGUUCUUAGGUCUCUCUCAACGCCACGCUCCUCCACUUCGCUACCACAUCAAGGACCCGAUUUAGUACCAAUUCUUUUAGAUCAGUUCGAAGUACAGGGUCCUAAUGGGACUCAUACAUGCUACACUACAGCUCCUGCACAGUGCAAUCUUAGGGAGAUCUCCUUCAGCCGCCUUUUCCCUCUUGACGUGGCUCGAGCGCUAUGCUAUGGACUCACACAAGCAGUGGUAUAUACACAUUCACAAGGAUACGUGCAUGGAGAUAUACACCUGAACAAUGUUCUGAUCAAGCCCCCAUCUAAUUUUGACACACUCUCCGUCAAAGAGCUGUACGAAAAAUAUGGCAAGCCUGAGACAGUACCCAUCACGCGUUGUGAUGGAAAGCGCCUCCCACCUAAUGUCCCAACGAAAGCGGUUAAGCCCCUAUUAUUAGGAAAGUAUGCUGAAAAACUGACGCUGGCCGACGUUCGUCCUCUUCUCAGUGACUUUGGUGAGGCUUUCGCCCCCGCCUCAGAAAUUCGACUUGGGAAAGACUGCCAUACACCUCCGGCCUUUCGCUCCCCAGAGGCCAGGUUUGACCCGCAAGGACCGCUCACAUAUUCUUCGGAUAUUGUUGGCAUGAAGCCUAUAUUCAGUACGGACAUCGUGCCUGAUGAUGAAACCGUGGCGCAACAUAUGGAUGUGCUGGGACCAAUGCCCCAGGAAUGGUGGCAGCGCGGGGAAGGAAGAAGCAAGUUCUUUACGGAGGACGGGUGCCCUACUGAAGCCUAUCUGGAAAACGAACGGCCUCCCUUCGAGGAGUCAUUUGAGAUAGACAUACAAAAAUGGAGGCGAAAGUGGAGGGGCGCGAUUGAGGAGGAAGAGAAAGCCGUUUUCUUGGAUGUAAUCCGCAGGAUGUUGGCGUUCCGGCCGGAAGAGCGACCGACAGCUAAAGAUGUGCUUGAAUCGGAAUGGAUAGCUAAAUGGGCGUUGCCGGAUUAUGAGCGAAGUUUGAAUCCUUCAUGUUGA